GAGAGGAGGCGGCGGCGAAGAAAGCCACCGCCGCGCCCUGGUCCAAAUCCCUCAGACCGAGCUUUUCCCAUGUGGAGACUCUCUCGAUGGACGUGUCCCCGAGUGCUUCUUAGACGGACUGCGGUCUCUUAAAGGUCGACCAUGGUGGCCGGGACCCGCUGUCUUCUAGUGUUGCUGCUUCCCCAGGUCCUCCUGGGCGGCGCGGCCGGCCUCAUUCCGGAGCUGGGCCGCAAGAAGUUCGCGGCGGCGUCCGGCCGCCCCUCCGCCCGGCCCUCGGACGACGUCCUGAGCGAGUUCGAGUUGCGGCUGCUGGGCAUGUUCGGCCUGAAGCAGAGACCCACCCCCAGCAGGGACGCCGUGGUGCCCCCGUACAUGCUGGACCUGUACCGCAGGCACUCGGGCCAGCCGGGCGCGCCCGCCCCGGACCAGCGACUGGAGAGGGCGGCCAGCCGCGCCAACACCGUGCGCAGCUUCCAUCACGAAGAAUCCUUAGAAGAACUACCAGAAAUGAGUGGAAGAACUACACGCCGGUUCUUCUUUAAUUUAAGUUCCAUCCCCAGUGAGGAGUUUAUCACAUCUGCAGAGCUCCAGGUUUUCCGGGAGCAGAUACAGGAAGCCUUGGGAAACAAUAGUUUCCAGGACCGAAUUAAUAUUUAUGAAAUUAUAAAGCCUGCAGCAGCCGGCUUGAAAUUUCCCGUGACCAGACUGUUGGACACCAGGCUAGUGAAUCAGAACACAAGCCAGUGGGAGAGCUUCGAUGUCACCCCGGCUGUGAUGCGAUGGACUGCACAGGGACACAGCAACCAUGGCUUUGUGGUGGAAGUGGCCCACGGAGAGGAGAAACCAGGUGUCUCCAAGAGACACGUGAGGAUUAGCAGGUCUUUGCACCAAGAUGAACGCAGCUGGUCACAGAUAAGGCCACUGCUGGUGACUUUUGGCCAUGAUGGCAAAGGACAUCCACUCCAUAAGAGAGAAAAGCGGCAGGCCAAGCACAAACAGCGGAAGCGCCUCAAGUCCAGCUGCAAGAGACACCCUUUGUAUGUGGACUUCAGCGAUGUGGGGUGGAAUGACUGGAUCGUGGCCCCUCCAGGCUAUCAUGCCUUUUAUUGCCAUGGGGAAUGUCCUUUUCCCCUGGCCGAUCACCUGAACUCCACUAACCACGCCAUAGUGCAAACGCUAGUGAACUCUGUGAACUCCAAGAUCCCCAAGGCAUGCUGUGUCCCAACAGAGCUCAGUGCUAUCUCCAUGCUGUACUUGGAUGAAAAUGAAAAGGUCGUGUUAAAGAAUUAUCAGGACAUGGUUGUGGAGGGUUGUGGGUGUCGUUAGCACAGCAAAAUAAAAAGAUAUAUAUAUUUUAGAAAAAAGAAAAGAACCUACCACCCCCAAGAAACCAGCUGACACUUUAAUAUUUCCCAAUGAAGACUUUAUUUAUGGAAUGAAAUGGAAAAAAACACAACUAUUUUGAAAAUAUAUUUAUAUCUACGAAAAGAAGUUGGGAAACCAAAUAUUUUAAUCAGAGAAUUAUUCCUUAAAGAUUUAAAAUGUAUUUAGUUGUACAUUUUAUAUGGGUUCAACUCCAGCACAUGAAGUAUAAUGGUCAGAUUUAUUUUGUAUUUAUUUACUAUUAUAACCACUUUUUAGGAAAAAAUAGCUAAUUUGUAUUUAUAUGUAAUCAAAAGAAGUAUCGGGUUUGUACAUAGUUUUCCAAAACUUGUAGCUGUUCUCAGUUGUGUGUAUUUAAGAUGAGAAGGUCGACAUGGAAGGUUACUUAGGCAAAGUGCUCAGCAUGUUUGCUUUUGUUUUUUGUUGUUUGUUUGUUUGGGUUUGUGUGUGUGUGUGUGUGUGUGUGUGUAUGUGUGUGUGUGUGUGUGUGUGUGUUUUGCAGUGCUACUGUUAAGUUCACAAGUUCAAGUCCAGAAAAAAAGUGGAUAAUCCACUCUGCUGACUUUCAAGAUCAUUAUAUUAUUCAAUUCUCAGGAAUGUGGCAGAGUGGUUGUCCAAUCCAUGAGAACGUUUAUUCUUAUUAGGGGGCUAUUUGGAUAAGAACCAGACAUUACUGAUCUGACAGAAACAGCUUCCUCUCCCUUCUUGCAGAAAGAAUAAGUUAGGACCAGUGAAAAUAUGAGGAAAACUAUGAACACAUAGGAAAGCGAUGGUGGGUUGUUCUUUCCUAAACUGGCAAUCCCUUCCAGGGGACUGAUCUGGCCAAAGUACUAAAUAAAACAUUAGAUUUUUCUUUAUUAAUAUCAUGGUUAAAUAUAUUUACAAUUGAUGUCUUGUGGCCCUCAUCAAGAAUUGGAAACUGAUUUGUACUUUGCAAUUACUCUGCCUGGGAGCUCUUUAUUCUCUGAAGUACCCAAUUUUCUACGUUUGUCAGACACUCAGUAAAAUCACACACGUCAUGUUUUCUGUCCGCACUCUGUUCUCUAACCGAUCAGCUUGCUUUUUUUUCCAGGGCUGUGUGUUUGAACACAUUUCUCCAAAUGUUAAACAUAUUUCAGAUAAUAAAUAUCAAAACUCUGGCAUUUCAUUCUAUAAAGUCUAACCCAUGAGAGAAAAUGGUCCAUUUGUACAGUGUUCACAGUGACUACCUUGUGUUUGUGGUUUUGUUUCUCAAGUGACUGAUUUUAGAUGGGAGGGGGUAGAGGAAAAGAAAAGGUAAGGGAUGGUUAGAAAAUUGCAAGCAAGUCAUAUUUGCACCAAAAGAAUUACCAAUGACUAUUUUUCAUAUGAACUCUUUUGGAGCAGAAAAUUUGAGGGAUAGUCAAUGCUUUAAAAAUAAGCAAAACUUGGGGAACCUAAGGGGAAGUUUCAGAGAUGAUAUAUCCCAUGCAACAGAGGCCACAGUGGCAAACAAUGAGAGAGAGAGAGAGAGAAAGAGAGAGAGAGAGGGAGAGAGAGAGAGAGAGAGAGAGAGAGAGAGAGAGAGAGAGAGGAGUCUGAUCAGCUUCUGCAAAAACAUCUGCCAACUGGCUGGAAGCCCAAACUGGGUAAAGUCAAAGGAGGUUCUGGGAGUGAAUUGACAGCAGGGGCAGGGCUUCUGCGGUGCCCAGGUUAGAACUAAAACCUAGGAAGGGAUCUGUGGCUAUGUUUUUAAACUGGGGAAGCCACAGCACUGAUUCUACUGGCAGUGUUUUAGGUCAAUUUCCGGAGCUGUAUGUGCCCUCUAGUCCUGACAUCACCAGUAAAGCCCCAUUCUAACCUCCUUUCCCAACCCCUACCUUAGAACUGGCUGGAAAAGUAGUGUUUGUAAUGGAACAUGCGGUUAUAAUUAAAAUCUUCCUAAGAAUUACCUGCAAGCCCUUGACACAGUUACCUUUUGGAGGCCCAGAGGUUCUGAAGGUCUCAUUUUUGAAUGAAUGUGCUUAGCAUCUUUUAAAGCCUUUCAGCUUCCUUUUGUCCCCCCGCUGUUGCUUUCACACAGGUAGAAAUCACUGGACCCAGCCGUGGGCAGCAGCACCCUCCUCACCCCUGUCCUCCUUCGCCCUCUAGUGCUUUGGGCUCUGGUGACAGACUACAGUCUUAACACCGUAAAACAAUGACCCGUGCUUUUCCAUUUACAAAUUCCCCAGAUGAGCGUGAGCAUAUGGUACCGGAGUCUCAUCUGUGGCCGGUCUAUCCUCUGCUAGUUCUGAUUUUCUCUGCUAAGAUUGAUUGAAUACCAGUUCCAAUGGGCUCUGUUGAUUUAUAUAAUAUAUAUGCAUAUGUAUAUAGACAUUAAUGUAUGAAUCCAUGAAGAUUAUAUUUAUUAUAUAUGUGAUGAUGGCAUUUUCAGUUUCAGAGUUUUCACUGUAGAUGAGGGCUGACCCUCCCGGCAGCUUCCCUAAGAAGCGAUAUUCUUCCAUUCACCUUGCCUUCCUCCAGACAUUUUUACUCACAUUCUUCAAAGCAUCAUAACACUAUGACACCAUGUUUCUUGAAUCCCGAAUUUCUAUGAUCCUUGAAUAAACUUUAGAAUUGGUUUAAAGGGAAAAAAUGCAGACGUUUCUUAGUUUUGAGAGCUUGGCUUUCAAAAUUGAUCAAACUGUCCUGUGGUUCUGUGCGUGCUUGGUUCUGUGGCAUCUCUGGCAUGACGGCAAGUGAAUGGAGCAUUAGGUUACUCCGUUAUCUCUUUGUA